AUGCCGCCAAAAGCAGACCCAGCAAAGAUUUCAUCACAGGACGUGCCGGUCCUGUUCCAGCGAUACCGUACCGAGCUCCAGAACCUCGCGCAGAAGAUCGGCGAGCUCGAGAGCGAGCUCGAGGAACAUGCACUCGUCCUCGGAACACUCCAGCCACUGACCAAGACGGAGCCCGAGCGCACAUGCUACCGCCUCAUCGGGGGCGUGCUCGUGCAGCGCACGGUCAAGGACGUGGUGCCUGCUCUCGAGACCAACUACGGCGGGAUUAAGGAGGUGCUCGAGACGCUUGUCAAGACGUACAAGGGCAAGGAGGAGGAGUUUAACGCGUUCCAGCGCGAGCACAAGAUCCAAAUGCCGGGGCGUGCUUAG